AAAAAAAAAAAUCAUCCUUUUUAUUUUUUUUGCUUACAAUAUGACAUGUUCAAAAAUAUUUUCAGGAGAUUUACCUGAAUUAACAACUGAAAUUAUACAAUAUUUUCGAAAUGAUUUUUCAACAUUAUAUACAUGUAUUUUAGUUAACAGAUUAUGGUGUCGUUUAGCAAUACGAUUAUUAUGGGAAAAUCCAUUUUCAAAUCCUACUAGACAUAAUGAUUUUAUUAAUCUUUUCUUACAUAAUUUAACUGAAGAUAAUAAAACAAAAUUAAACAACGAAUAUGGAAUUAAUAAUAAUUUAUUCCCUUCAAAUACAUUAUUUAAUUAUCCUAGUUUUAUUAAAUGUUUAAAUAUUCAGAAAUUUCUUUGGUCAAUUAAAAAAUGGGUUGCAAAUAUUAAAAAUUUAACUGAUAAACAAAGAUAUUUAUUAUCUUCACAAUAUAUUAACCCAAAUUUAUUUAAAAUAUUUAUUAAUAAUGAAGUAAAUUUACAUACUUUUGAAGUAAUAUUAAAUAAUGAAUGUUGUAAUUAUUUUGACCUUUCUUUUGAAUUAAUCCAACAAAAUCCUUAUUUUAUUUGUAAUAUUAAAAAUUUUAAACUUUGUUUUGAUGAAAAUGUUGCAAAAAUAACAAAAUUUUAUCCUUUUUUAAAAUUUUUACAUUCAAAUUGUAAUUCAAUUUCUUCACUUAAUAUUAAUAUCAAAUUAUUCUUUUAUAAUAAUAAUAAUUCUGAUGUUGGUAUUACUUUAUUAAGUGAAGAACAUUUACCAAAAAUAAUUAAUUCACAAAAAAAUUUAAGAAAAAUUUCAUUUGAAGGAUGUAUUAAUUUUCCCUUUGAAGAACAUUUACCAAAAAUAAUUAAUUCACAAAAAAAUUUAAGAAAAAUUUCAUUUGAAGGAUGUAUUAAUUUUCCCUUGUAUCAUUCAUUAUUAUCAUUAAAAAAUUCAAACUGUUCAAAUACUUUAAAUACCAUCAUUUUUCAUCAUAUUAAUUUUAAAGAUAUAACUAAUAUUUUAAUUGAAGUGUUUGAACAAUUAAAUGUUUUGGAAUCUAUUCAUAUCAUUUAUUGUUCUUUAGAUUCUGAUUUUGUUGAAAAAAUUAUUAAUGUCACUAAACCAUUCAAAUUGAAAUCUUUAUUUAUAAGUGGUAAUUUACAAAUUGAACCAAUAGAAUCUUUGUUACAAAAAUCUGGUGGUUAUUUAGAAAAUUUUGGUUCUGGAAGUGAAUCAAAUCAAUUAUUUAAGUUAAUUAUGAAAUAUUGUCCUAAAAUUAAAUAUUUUGAUUUAUUUGAUCUUGAUAAUUGUCAUGAUAAUAUUACUACAGCAUUCAAUUUAAUUAAAAAUAUUGAAAAUACUCUUAAUUAUCUUUCUAUUGAAAGUGUUGAUAUUGAAUUUAGUUCAAUUGUUUUACAAAAUUUAGGACAAAUGCUUCCUUUUAAAUUAGAAUACUUAAAUUUAUAUCUUAUGUUUAAUAAUAAGGAUUUUGAAUUAUUUUUAAAAAAUUCUAAUAAUAUUUUUAUUAAAAAAUUAUCUAUUAGAAAUGAAAUGCAAGAUGAAGAUAUUUUACCUUAUAUAAAGAAAUAUAUUAUGGAAAAGAAAAGAGUUAAAUAUUUGGCUGUUGAAGUUAAAAAUAAAGAUUUAUUUUCUUUAAAAGAUGAAGUAAAAGAAUUUAAAUUAUAUAAUAUUGAAAUUCAAAAUUAUGAUAAGUUAGCUAUUUAUUAUUGUGAUUUUAUAGGAAUUUAUUAG